CGUGUGAGGAAAAAAGACAGGGCCGUCAAGAUUCCAAAACGAACGGACGGGAAAGGGUUUCCCAGCAACUGGAUAAGACACACCAAAAGAUGAAGGGAAUCCAUCUGAGGAAGAAAGAGAUAUAAACCAAAAGUUCCACCAUCCACCAUGUUCUCCAUUUUCUCUCGUCGAAGGAAGAAGGCAAAGAAAGAGAAGAGAAACCGCUCAAAAGGUAGAUACCCUGGCCAAGGAAAGGAAGCAACCAAAAGAGAGAAGAAAUCCAGUCUAUCAAUAUCGCGCACCCGGUGGUGCCCCAAUAGGCGGCGGCGGGACAGCGCCAUAUGGGUUCGCAUCGGCAUACAUUGUCGGGUAGGGUUGUGCAGCUACAGGAUAGGCAUACGGAUUAGCCUGACCAUUCUGACCAAGUCCAUUAAGGGCAUUCUGCCGGGCCUCCCUCUCGCGGCGUUCGCGCGCCUUCCUCCUCUUGCGGCGCCGCUGCUCCAGUUCUUUGACGCUGUGCCUCUGCUCGUUCAUCUCUUUCCACUCCGAGAAGGCCGAUUUGAUUCCCAGAGCUGCGAUACCGACUGCUGCAGCAUCCUGGAGCAUGUUCUUCGACUUGCGCUUGCGAGCUUCUUCAGGUGUCAUUUCACCCUCGGAUACCAGCUUGCGCCGCUUUUCCGACGCUACCAUGGACGAGUAGACGCCGUGGGCGGCGUGGAUCGUCGCGACCGUGGCCAACCCGGCAGUAAGAAGUUCCUUACCUCUCAGCUUCUUGCGCUUUUCCUCCAUGUCCGUCGAGGAUUCAGAGUCGGCGCUGCCGUCCCUCUUCGAUGCGCCCUGCGCGCUCAAUGCGCCUGCGCCUGCGCCUGCUCUCGCAGCUACUCUGCGAUCUGAGUUAGCUCCGCGGGAGUUGGAAUAGGUGUCGUCCAUACUGCGGCCUCGGCUGUGUGCGCGAUGGCGUCGGGAAGGCGGGUCGUAGCUGUCGGCGCUGUCUGCGCUGCGGGAGCGAUCACGCCUGGAGCGCGACUUUGAACGCACGCGGUCGUAUAGGGCUUUGCCUGCUGCGAGAAUUGCUCCACCACCAGCGAGUUUGCCAAGAGCGUCGCCACCACCACCUCCAUCACGGCCACGAGAAGCAGAGCGUCCACGGGAUCGGGAGCGACUGAAGAGAGACCUGGAUCGAGAGCG